AUGUUUGAGGGAGGGCCGGGGGAGUGUGUGGUGGGAGGAGACUACCAGACAGGUGAUGGGACGGGAGGAGCCGCCCUGCUGCCUUGCCUUUACCAGGGUGAGUACAGGGAGUCAGGCAAGGCGGGGACUGUGUGGUGCCUGUGGCGUGGUGACCCAGCCCGUGGUGCUCAGUUCAACAUCACCACCCGGGACGUGCAGCGUGGUAGUGUUUGGCAUGGUGUCUUUGGCCAGGUGGUGCGGGGCCUGGAGGUAGUGCAGGAGGCAGCCCGGUACCGCCCCAUUACUGAGGUGACUGUGGUGCAGUGUGGCGUGGUGCUGUCACGGUAG